AUGUCGACCGUCACUCUUAGAAAGGUUGUUUACUGUGAUGUCUGCUCAUUUCCUCCUGAUUACUGCGAAUUUAGUGGGAAACUGAAGCGUUGUAAGGUGUGGUUGCGUGAGAAUCAUCCCGAUAUCUACGUUCAGCAAUACGGAGAAGAUGAAGACGAGGUGAAUGCGGUGAGUUCAAAACUAGCAGAAUCGAGCAUCGGCGAGGAAAGAGAGGAGAAACUGGAGAAGGACCUGAAAAGACUGGAAACGAAGCAAGAGAACAGAGAGCAGAGAGAACUAGCAAAGAAGUUGUCAUCCAAGGUGGUCAUUAAGAGGGAGGCAAGAACCAAGAGGAAGUUUAUCCUAGCUAUUUCAGGUCUAGAAGUGUUCGAUGUUGACAUGAAAAAACUCGCCAAGACGUUUGCAUCCAAGUUCGCUACCGGCUGCUCUGUAUCCAAGAAUGCUGAAAAGAAGGAAGAAAUUGUCAUCCAAGGCGACGUCUUGGAAGAGGUGGAAAAGUAUAUACAUUCUUUGCUCGAAGAAAAGGGACUGAAGGAUGUCAAAGUCGAAACGAUUGACGCCAAGAAAAAGAAGAAGGCGCCAGAGACACCGGCUAAUUAG